AGAAACUCUGUGGGGAAGAUAAGUCCUGAGCCUAGAGCUGCCAUUUCCACAGACCAUUGAACUACCCUCAAAUAGAUAUGCUUUUAGGGGUACCAGAUAGAAGGAGCUGAAUCCAGGAGUUUCCUUCCCUGAAAUGCGCCAACAGAGGCACAGUCCUCCACCUUCCCUGGAACAGAAGGGCUUUCAUCUCUCACUCUGAAGCCAUCUCCCUCCCCUGUUUAUGCCCAGAGCUGCUUUCCAAUCCCAUGGAGUGUCCCCGUACCUAACCAUAGCCACUGAGUCUACCAGGUGUUCCUGAGGAGACAACUAAGCAACCACUCCACACUCUGCUGAUUUUCUUCUACAUCUUACAGGGGGAAGAGCUGGAUCACCAUGAAAUUUAUCUUCUAUUUGGGUGUCCUCACUGGGACAUUUUUAUUUGCUGACUCAUCUGUUCAGAAAGAAGACCCUGCUCCCUAUUUGGUAUACCUGAAGUCUCACUUCAACCCCUGUGUGGGCGUCCUCAUCAAACCCAGCUGGGUGCUGGCCCCAGCUCACUGCUAUUUACCAAAUCUGAAAGUGAUGCUGGGAAAUUUCAAGAGUAGAGUCAGAGAUGGUACUGAACAGACAAUUAACCCCAUUCAGAUCGUCCGCUAUUGGAACUACAGUGAUAGUGCCCCACAGGAUGACCUCAUGCUCAUCAAGCUGGCUAAGCCUGCCAUGCUCAAUCCCAAAGUCCAGCCCCUUCCCCUUGCUACCACCAAUGUCCGGCCAGGCACUGUCUGUCUACUUUCAGGUUUGGACUGGAGCCAAGAAAACAGCCGACACCCUGACUUGCGGCAGAACCUGGAGGCCCCUGUGAUGUCUGAUAAAGAAUGCCAGAAAACAGAACAAGGAAAAAGCCACAGGAAUUCCUUAUGUGUGAAAUUUGUGAAAGUAUUCAGCCGAAUUUUUGGGGAGGUGGCCGUUGCUACUGUCAUCUGCAAAGACAAGCUCCAGGGGAUCGAGGUCGGGCACUUCAUGGGAGGGGAUGUCGGCAUCUACACCAAUGUUUACAAAUAUGUAUCCUGGAUUGAGAACACUGCUAAGGACAAGUGAGACCCUACUUCUCCCUCUGCAUUCCACUGGCUCUGCCAUGGACUAUACAAGCAGAUAAUUUUCCCUCAGUUGAAAAUAAAAUCUCCAAAUGAAAAUUUGGGAAUGUAGCAUACCA